UAUUUUUAAAUUCACCUAUCCGUUAUGGCUAUGCGCGUGGUUGUUCGGUGAUGAAACGUGGCUUAGAAACGUGAAAUGCCACUUCACUGAUUAAUGUUGAUGGUGGCACGUAAAUACCAAUCUUAAGACGCAGGUAUGGAUGAAAUUGUGCUUCAAGGACUUGAUGGGGACCAUCAGUCGCAAUUGCAGGUGAUGCAGUACUUUGAGCAGCUCACCAGCUCAGUGGAUGGCUGGAAGCUUUGUGCAGAGGCCUUCACUAAUACUGCAUACCAAAGCAAUGAUCCUGUCCGGUUCUUCUGCCUGCGAGUUUGUGAACAUGUAUUGAAAACAAGAUAUCAGAAUGCAGACCCAGUUGAACAAGGAAAUAUGCAUGCAUUCCUGUUGGCCAGCCUCCACCUCAUGAGUGAGGAGCCAAGGCAAGACAAGAGUUACAUGCGCAAUAAACUAGCCCAGAUUAUCUCCUUGGCAUUUGUGGCUGAUUACCCUGCUCGUUGGCCUAACUUCUUUGAGACCUUUUAUGAAGCUUUAAGUCGUGGACCUUUGGCAGUAGAUAUGUAUCUGCGGGUGCUGAAAGCCAUUGACCAAGAGGUAGUGGACAGAGAAAUAGUUCACACCCCAGAGGAGUCACAGAGAAAUACUGCAAUCAAGGAUUCGAUGAGAGAAAACUGUGUCAGGCAGCUGGCUGAUUCCUGGUUGUACAUUUUGAAAGAAUAUGAAGAGAGUCAACCAGAAAUAGUAUGCCUUUGCCUGGAAGUGGUUGGCAAGUAUGUUUCCUGGAUUGACAUCACACUGGUUGCCAACGAGCGCUUUGUGCCUGUCUUAUUGCAUUUCUUAACGUUGUCACUGCUGCGUGAAUCGGCAUGUGACUGCAAUGAAAUCUUGAGUAAGGGAAUGGAGCCUGUGGCAAAGACUGAACUUGUUGAGUCCUUCUUCUCUGUUCUAGACAACACGGGCAUUCUGAAUCCUCCUGAAGAGGAAGAAGGAGACUUCUUAGCCAAACUGUCCAAGCUUGUUUGUGGUGUGGGACUUGCUCUUAUCACCAGUCUGCAAAAGCUGUCCAAGACUGGUGACUCUGCUGGUAUUGAGAAGACGCAGACUGCACUAGAGGCAAAGAUUCCAUACCUGCUACGCUUUCUUGGUGAUGAAGAUGAUGAUGUGUCUCAGGCAGCUUCAGAGUUUGCACAGGAAUACAUUUCUCUAUUGAAAACCAGAGGGCCUUUAUCACCUGCUCAGCGAAAACACAUUGAGGGCUUGCUAUAUACAACCGUGAAGAAAAUGAAGUAUGAUGAAACAUACAAUUUUGAGCAUGAGGGAGAAGAUGAGGCCAUGUUCAUGGAAUACCGCAAACAGAUUAAAGUAAUAUUCAACAACAUUGCACAACUGGACCCAGAACUGGUUCUGUUGACUGUGCACAAUAUAGUCACCCAGACCCUGCCUCAGUGGAAUGCAACAAACUUCCGUGACAUUGAGAUGGCUAUCACCCUCUUAUAUAGUUUGGCAGAAGCUGUGCCUGCAUCUCAUGGCCAACACUUUAGUGGCAAUCCAACCAAAGUGUCAGUGUUACAAGACAUGAUGCGUCUGCUUGUUUCUAGUCGGGUCAGCUGCCAAGGUCACAUCAUCAUCCAGCUGCAGUUCUUUGAGACUGUGGUGAGAUAUGACAAGUUCUUUAUGUGUGAGCCCCAGCAUAUACCAGAUGUACUGGUAGCUUUCCUGGACAAGCGGGGAUUACGUCACCCAUCUGUUAAAGUACGCAGUCGCUGUUCCUACCUCUUCUCUCGUUUUGUCAAGAGUCUCAAAGCUCAUCUUCAGCCCUAUCUGAAGGAUGUGUUUGCACAGCUGCAAGAUUUGCUAGUGUUGAACGCCCCCUCUCAUUCAACCAUGAACGGCCAGCACCUCUUGAUUUCCGACAAUGACCAGCUUUUCUUGUACGAGACAGCCAGUAUGCUUGUUGUUUCCAGUUCUCUGUCUCCAGAGAAGAAACAAGAAUUGAUGACCAGCUUGCUGGCGCCCAUAGCCACCAAAUUUGAAGAGCUUCUUUCUUGCCUCAGUACGGCUACUGAUGAGAAACAACAGACAGCCUAUGGUAACUGCAUAUACAAUGCCAUGGCUCUUGCUAGCCGGGCUAGCAAGGGUUUUUCUGGCUCACAGACCAUGAAACAGUGCGGUUGUGUGCCGGCUUUCACCAACCUCUUGCAGCUGUUUGGCUUGGCUCUGGACACCCCUGUUCAGCGCAGCCAUGUGCAGACAGGUGUGCGGCAGUUUGUGCACCGUAUGGUAGUGUGUCUGGAUGCAGAGAUCCUCCCAUUCAUCCCACCCCUGAUGACUCGCCUGCUGAAGCACCCGGAUGUGCGGGAGCUGUAUGACUUUCUGCCUCUCCUCAACCAACUGAUCAUGAAGUUCAAGGGAGUUAUCAUCCCUUUCCUCAGUGAGGUAUUGAUGCCCCUGGUGACAACCAUCUUCACGGUAUUAAUGGCUCCUGCAGAUGAACGUGACCAGGUAGCUGCCAGUGAACGCAAACUGCUGCAACGGGGAUAUUUUCUCUUCCUGUCUACUAUUGUGUCUAAUGAAUGCAUCAAUGUCUUCAAGACUCUAGAUAUGCAGAGUGUGGACCAGGUGUUCAUGUCAGUGGUGCAGGGUGCUGUGGAGCUGCAGGACCCCCAGAGUCAGAAGCACUGCUUCAUCAUCCUCAAGAAGCUGACAGAGACCUGGGGUGGAGGGAGUGAUGGUGUAAUGGGUUUCUCCAACUUUCUCUACAAACACAUCGUUCCAGCCUGCAUCAUGGCACCACUGAGUCCAGCAUUUGACCUCAAAGAUGGACAGACCAUCCUGGUGCUUGGGGAGAGUGCCUCGUGUCUCAAAGCCAUCCUCGACAAGAGGGGUGCAGAACUGGUUACAUACCUGCAGACCGACUACUUACCUACACUCCACAUGUCCACGCCACUUGCUGAUGAGUUUUGUCAGGCUCUGCAGGCAGAUGAGAAGACUUUCAGAAAAUAUCUAAAGACAUUUUUUCAGAAAGCCAAAUCUUGACAGGAGGCUUGUGCCUGGGUUGCUAGGGGACGUUGAGACCUGCCACUGCUUGUGUAGACUUGUGUCAGAACCAGCUUGGAUGCAGGCUGCUUGUUGUGUGCUUUGGAAAACAUAUCACCGAUGCAAAGUUUCCUUUGUGGUUCUUUGAGAAGUUCCAGGUGUGAACCACAAUGGUUGACAUUGGCUUAAAGUAAGAGGGGACCAGGAGACAGAUGUUCAGCAGAACCUAAGCUGGAGUUAAUGUGUCCUUUUCAGCCCUCAAAACAAGCGCAUCAAGGACGCAUCAAGGAUAAAGGGAUGCGCUGGAUAAAUAAGGCUUUAACUAAGGGCUUUUUGGAGAGUCAUGAAGGUUCCAGGAAAACACGGAAAUUAUCUGAGCAAUUGAGUUUUCCCAUGUACAAAGAAACUCCAGAAGGUGAACAGUUCUCAGAUAUUUGAGUGACAUGUUGUGCAAUCCCCAGCUGUGUGUAUGUGUGUUUUUAAAGCAGUCUGCUUGUGUGAAGCUUGCACUGAUGGUUAUCUGCUACAGGGUAGUGACGGGAAUGUGAUAUGGUUGUGCUCUCCAAAAUAGAUUGGAAUGGCUACUGGUAACUGGAUAGAGUGAUAUGAGAAUGGAGCCAUAGUUCACAGAAUGAAUAUUGUUAUAAUAAUAUUGUUAAGUAUUCUGUGCAUAUGCUGGAUGGGUGUAUGUUUUAUAAAAUGCUUGUUUUUCCAAGUUUGUUGGAAACAGGGUUUCUCUGUUUUCUGACUAUGCUGGUGCCUCCAUUAUUGUCCCUUGACCAUUGUCAUCAUUUCUCAGUAUUACUGAACAUAAUAUGCUAUUCAAAUAUCAGUAUAUAACAUGCUGGUCACAUGUAAGAUUGCAAAGAAAAAAAAAUCCCUACAACUGUUAAUCCUGCCCUGUUGCUACAAAUUGCACUUGCCAUUUGCAAAGGAUACAUUUGGGAGAAACUUCAAAAAAUGAGAGAAGGGGAUAAUUUUUUUGGUUAUGAAAGCAUAGGAGGGUUGCUUUACUCACCACCGAUUGGUUCAGAUAUAAAUGGCAUCAGUGUCACAUGUAAGGGUAGUAUCACAAGAAGACCCCAUUUAGCAUUGAAUCUUAAGAAUUUAGUCUGACCUUGUACCUUGGCUUCAUUGUCACAAAGGCUUGACCUACAACAACAGAUGUUAAAGGUUACUAAAAGUAAAACAAUUGUAGAAAGUUACUAAUAAUAAUUGUGUAGUCUUUACAGUACCUUGUCAAUAGAUACAGAUACCAAAAAAAAAUGUCUUAAAUGUGCAAUAGCGUUGCCAAAUAUAUGACACGAUUGUAAUCAUUCUUGUGCUGGUAAAAUAAUUUGUCUCGGGUAUCUGCAGAACUGGGUAGCGCACUAGUCAGAAAAAGAAUCAUUCAUAAUAAGAGCAUUACUAAUGAAAUGUCCUGUGCUAUAUUUUAAGAAAAAUUUAUAGAUUUGUUGGCGGUGCCCAGAACAGUGACGCUGCUCAGGACAGUAGCUAACCCUUGCAUUGCAUAUUGUGGUGGCUUCUGCUGUGAGAUGAUUUGUCAACAUAUGGAUGCUGCUUUUCUUCCCAGUGAUUGAUGACAGAUCUUGUAAAGUUUUGUUUAUUUGAAGCAUCAUGGGUGGAUAAGGAUGAAAUUCUGCAUGUAUUUGUGGAGAUGCUGGUUCACUUUAUAGUUGUGCAAUGUCAUGCUAAGAAACAAAAAGUAAAUAAUGGAAGGAGACCUUAGUGUACAAAGGAGAUGAUAGGUUCAUAGGGGUUAAAGUUGUUUAAAAAUUUUACCAAAUUGAAAAGUCCAAAUUAUAGUAAAAAUUGUAAAAGAUCUAUCAUCAAGGCUGUGUGCACUGCAUGAAGCUUUUGUCUAGUUAAAAAUGGCAUUCAUGAGCAGUACAAAACAGUUUUAUGGCAUAUUAAUUUUACUUGACUGGUUAUAUGAUGAAUUACGCCCACUUCUUGAACUUCUUCAAGACUUGUUCUUCUGAAUUAAUUUUAGCAACAGGGUUUAGCAAUAUAAUACUUGGAAAUUGUUAGUGUGGAAGACACUAUUUUUUUUUUAAUUUGCUUUUUGUUUUAAAAGUGUUACUUAAAAUUUGUAAGAGGAGUAAGAGUUACUUAAAUGUUUAAUGUACUUAUUGAUGAAAUAGGAAAUUAAAAAAAUCUGUCUUACAACAAAAUGAAAUAUAUUUGUCAAAGGCAAUAACUACAUUGCAUUGAAAAAUUUUUUAAGUAACAGUGAUACCCUGUUAAGGAAAGCCAGUCAAAACACAUGUAAAAGAUUGACCAGGGCAUUUUAGUCAUGAAGCUUUUGUUAUUUGCUUUUUAUCAAGGACUUUGGUAAUGUACGCGAGUAAGGCUUUUUGAAUAAAAGUGCCUUCUCUCCAGAAA